GACCGCCGCGAAGCCCUGCCCAUUCCCUGGGCCCUCAUCUCGGCUUGGGAAUUUCACGUUUGCACCUCGGGGGCCCCGCUCACUACCAAGCUUAUCUUGGGAGCUAUUCUUUUAGCCGUGCACGGAUGUCUCCGCUUUGGGGACCUGCAACGCAUUGACUUCGAGUCUCUUUCCUUGGGCCGCACAGCCUUGCACGGAAUUUGUUACGCAACGAAGACAACGGACAAGGGACAACCCUUUGCGGUGACAUUGGCUGGCCUCACCGGCCGUAGCACCACAGCAUCUUGCUGGGUCCUGCACUGGCUGCAUGCCAUGCGCACCGCCAUUGACUACAUGUGGAGCCCUGGCGACGUUGUUGAUUUCGUUUGGCUCAGCACUGCCCCGGAACUGAACGCCAUCCUGGAACUCAGCCCAGCUUCAUACUGCACCGCCAUGCUUGCCCUCCGUUGGGCGGCGACCUUGCCCUGGCUGCCGCCCGGCCAGGGGCUCACUGCCCACGAGGCAGCACAGCUCACUUUGCACAGCAUGAAGUCGACCGGGCUCGCCUCGGCUGCACAGCUCAGACUUUGGAAAGAGCACCGUUUGACGCACGGUCAUCAUCGGGACUCUGCCGCACUGUACUCCCGAAACGACGUAUUCGCGAGUCUCGAUGUCCAGCACAGUCUCAGCGACUCUAUGUGCACCGGGUGGCGGGCCGAGCGCAGCAUCGCCCGCGGAGGACAGGAUCUCUUGGACCCGCGCUGGGUCUUCUUUGUUACGAGGCAUGAGCACCUGCAUGCCGCGGCAGCGGCCUCAAUCGAAACGGCCGCGGCGCCUCAGCCGACCAGCCCGGAUGACAUCGAGGACUGCACUCAAGACAAGGACGCUGCGGGGCAUCAAGCUUCGGCCUCGCAACACGACAUCGGGGACCCCAUCGAAGACUUCACGGACGAAGAAGCAGCAAUGGUUGCACGCGCCGCCGCGCUGCACACAGAUGACACCAGCUCAGCCGAGUCAUCCGUGUCCUCGGACCAUAAUCCGGAACGACGCGUGCCCCUCAUCAUAGACGGCGAUCAGCGCUUCGCCUGCACAGGCCCCUGGGGCAAGUGGCACCGCGUAGCGAUGCCCCAAGAAGGAGUUCCUUUACGCACCGCCUGCGGCAUACGCCUCGGUGUCGCUGCUCAGUUCUCGGAUCAGCCUCACGGUGUUACAUGCAGACGCAAAGCGUGUGCAUAG